ACACCCUUCUGCAGCGACGCAAACAGGGCGUAGUUCCCGUUAAAGGGGAAUGCCGGGAGCCUCCCACUGCCCCCUUGCUUUGCGCGCGCGCUGCCCCGCAGCACAGCUGUCUUUGCGGACGCUAGCAACUCUGCGAACGCACCCGAAUUUGUGCCUGAGGCUACUCUGCUCUGAGACAGACGGUUGUCCCUUUGAACUGAAAGCACCGCUCCACCGAUCCCAAGCCCAACUCCCAGCCACCAUGCUCCUUCUCUUGUUGGGGAUCCUGUUCCUCCACAUCGCGGUGCUAGUGUUGCUCUUCGUCUCCACCAUCGUCAGCCAAUGGGUCGUGGGCAAUGGACACACGACUGAUCUCUGGCAGAACUGUACCACAUCCGCCUCGGGAGCCGUCCAGCACUGCUACGCCUCAUCAGUGAGCGAAUGGCUGCAGUCUGUCCAGGCCACCAUGAUCCUGUCUGUCAUCUUUAGCGUCCUGUCUCUGUUCCUGUUCUUCUGCCAGCUCUUCACUCUCACCAAAGGCGGCCGGUUUUACAUCACUGGAUUCUUCCAAAUCCUCGCUGGUCUGUGUGUGAUGAGUGCAGCGGCCAUCUACACAGUGAGGCACAGUGAGUGGCAUGUCAACACUGACUACUCCUAUGGCUUCGCCUACAUCUUGGCCUGGGUGGCUUUUCCCCUGGCCCUCCUCAGUGGCAUCAUCUACGUGAUCCUGCGGAAACGCGAAUGAGGCGCCCGACGCAUCCGUCUAGGCUCUGAGCGCGCGUAGGGUACACAGGGAGGGAGGAAGGAAACCAAAAAGCAAAACCAACCAACCAAAAAGAGCUAGCCCCAAACCCAAACGCAAGCCAAACCAAACAGAACGCAGUUGAGUGGGGGAUUGCUGUCGAUUGAAGAUGUAUAUAAUAUCUAUGGUUUAUCAAACCUAUUUAUAACACUUUUUACAUAUAUGUACAUAGGAUUGUUUGCUUUUUAUGUUGACCGUCAGCCUCGUGUUGAAUCUUAAACAACUUUACAUCCUAACACUAUAACCAAGUUCAGUAUCUUUGUUUUGUUUCUUUUUUUUUUCAUCUUUUCGUUUUGCUCGGACGUAAACACUCCACGUGGCCCCCUUUCAUCUGAAAGCAGAUACCUCCCUCCCACUCAACCUCGUAGGAUAACCAAAGUGUGCGGACAAACCCCAGACAGCCAGAGGCCUUCACACCAUGGGUGACCCAGUGCAUUUAGCAGGAAUAUCCACUGCCCAAAUCGAUGUGUGAAGCCCUAAGCACUCACAGACGAAAAAGCCUGACCGGAGCCCUCUGCAAAAACAAUAGCUGGUGGCUCUGGAACACUUGACCCUGUAGGCAGAGUACUGGGGCCACACGUUUAAAUGAGAAGUCAGAGACAAGCAAUCUGUGAAAUGGUGCUAUAGAUUUACCAUUCCUUGUUAUUACUAAUCAUUUAAACCACUCACUGGAAACUCAAUUAACAGUUUUAUGACAUACAGCAGCACGAAGACCUGAUACAAACGGUUCAUAACUGCUUUCGUACCUAGCUAGGCUGUUGUUAUUACUACAAUAAAUAAAUCUCAAAGCCUUCGUCACUCCCACAGUUUUCUCACGGUCGGAGCGUCAGGACGAGCAUCUAGAUCCUUGGGACUAGCGAGUUCCCUGGCUUUCUGGGUCUAGAGUGUUCUGUGCCUCCAGGGACUGUCUGGCGAUGACUUGUAUUGGCCACCAACUGUAGAUGUAUAUAUGGUGUCCUUCUGAUGCUAAGACUCCAGACCUUUUUUGUUUUUGCUUGCUUUUUUUUCUGAUUUUAUACCAACUGUGUGGACUAAGAUGCAUUAAAAUAAACAUCAGAGUAACUCA